AUGCACCCCCCACUCUCAAACGCCAAGCAGCUGAUUGCUGACAGCCCCAAGCCGGAAGCCGCCGUGAAGCUGUACCGCCAGAUGAUGCGCGACAUCGAGGGCGGCGGCGGCGAGCAGGGCGAGCUGGAGCAGGCGUGCUACGCGCUGGGCUACAACCUGGCCAUUGAGUACCUGGCUGACUACGAGAAGACCUGGAUGCUGGACUCCUUCAGGGACCUCAACGCCCGCGUCAUCAACCGCAACAUUGACUGGAUCUUCCUUGAGGUUCACGCGGAGGGCGAGGCCGAGCACGCCGCCAUCGGCCACAACGCCGUCCUCAACCUUGUGCCCGCGUCCGCCGCGCCCCUGCUGCGCCGCGCCAUGGCCGACCACGACCGCGACUUUGCCGCCUUCUACAACCGCGCCGCCGACAUGCUGGAGCAGCAGGCGUGA